AUGACACAGGCAACUGUAGCUUGUCGCACUGUCUGCUUGGCUUUUGCAGUGAGGGUCUUGCAGUGUUUGUUGAAGCUCAACCUCCGGUCAAACCAGAUGCCUAGCCAACGCGUUGCACCGCCAGGAGGGGGAGGUGUGACUUUCAGUUUUACUGAAGUCAAAUUUUUCCUCCAAGGAAGGGGAGGCCACCAGUUGGCAUAUGUCGUCAGCAUAUCCAAAGCGGCCACGUCGGGUGCAGACUGA